CACAGGAUAAACGAAUCACAGUGCGUAAAGUGGGAGACACAUACCUCUUCUCCAGACGGAGAUUUGGGACAAAGUGUGGAAAAGGUUGUGUUUUCACUUGCUACCACCACAAUUCUAUUUUCCGGAACAGAGCAGAACCACGAUCCAGGCAGGAAAGAACGUGCUGAAUCCCGACGGUCUUAAAAUUCACACGUCAGUCUGAAAACACCUCCCUGUCUCUACGUCUGCCUCCCCUUCUCUUCAUCACUUCCUUCUUCACCGUUCAGAGCCCAGACUUGCCGAGGAGCUCAAGGCAGAUGUUGGAUCCACACCACCACCUGGACAAACCUGAAUCCAGAAUUCAGGACCAUGAAGUUCAUCUCAAUGCUGCUAGUGCUGCCGCUGGUGGUGCUCUCUGUCUUCUCCACCCAGCAUGAGCGGCCAGCUGGUAAAAAGGAAGAUUACGAUGAUGGUAGUGCUGAUGGUACUGAUGAAGAAGACUCCAGAUCUCAGGAGGCAGCAGGCGUGGUUCCUCCGUCCCACAUAUGGAUGCUCUCCCUAGGUCUGGCUCGCCUGAUACGGGGAGUUGAGGAGAACGCUCAGCAUCUGGAGCGUCAGGGAGAACAGGUGUCAGCCCAACUGUUUAGUUCCGCAAAGAGUCUGGAGAACAUCCAUGAGCAGAACCUCCGGACAGGAAGGACUCAGAGGCAGGUGAGGAAAGACCUACAGAAACUGAACGCACAAGGAGACAGACUUUGGAGGACAGUCAGAGAGCUGAAGAAGGAACUGGAGGACAUGGAGACAGCCCAGCGAAUCAUAUGGAGCAGGACGGAGCUGAUAGUCCAGUCAGUGAAGAGGCUGAUGGAGCUGAGGUCGACAGUGUUUCAGGUCCUCUUGAACAAACAGUCUGAACGUCUCUCUGGCCUGUCCUCACACAUCUCAGCUCAGGACACAGAGGUGGACCGACAACUGCAGAGCGUCCAACGUUUGGAGAAACUCGUCCAUGAGCAGGUGCACCGUGUGUAAAAUCCUGACAAGCCUCGGCUUAUGUAAAAGUUUGAAUGACAUUGGUUUACGUUGUUGGUGGUUGUCCCAACAGGGAAAGCCUGAGUGUGUCCAUGCAGCAGCAGCAACAACAGCAGCAGCAGCAGCAUUGAGGACAGAGCCAGACUCUGUGUCGGAGCUGCAUCAACACAGACACAAUUAACAGCAGUUAAGCACAACAGUUAAAUCUGCUGUCAGAACACGACUUCAGUGUUUGGCUAAUUGACACAGAUUCAAGUUCUCCUUCUUCUUUUUAUUGUGAUUCUUCCUUCUGGUCAUCUUCGUCUUCGCAGACAUUCAGACUGUCAGAUCGUUGGUUCGGCUGUGUCGGUUUGUCUUUAAACACAUCUGUCAACGAAGAAUCCAAAAAAAAUAAAAAAUAUCCUUCGUUUGCCGUCAUCAUGUUGUGGCUCUGAGUUCCAAUGGCGUUGUUGCUUCUGUGGGUGAAGGGUCGGGUGGAGAAACUUCAUGUUCAAACUCGCACCCAAAUAAAGAGAAGAGCUCUGAUGUCAGAGGGACCUUUGACCUACAGGCUUCAGACACUGAAAGGAAAAUAGGCCCUGAUUUUGAACACUGUCAGUGUUGUUUGUUUUCAUGUCUGAUGUGUGACGUUGGUACUAUACAGUCUGUUACUAAUGUCUACUGCAUGGGUUAAGUCUGUACUUCUCAAACAGUUAGGCUGAUAACAAGCCUCCAGUCACCAGGUGUUAAAAAUAGACGUGUUUAAAAUGAGCUGCUCUGCUGCCAUCUAGUGACUGGAGGCUUGUUUAUCAUUCAAGCAUUAAUAAAAACAGGAUAGUGCAGUACUCAAAUAGUGGGGCGGGCCCCCCUGGGGGUGUAAGGGUCUUCCAAUGAAAUAUGGCACACUUGACAUACAGUAAGUUUAACAGAGCUGUAAUGCCCAAGCCUCCCAUCACUAGGUGGCAGCAACUCAUACAGUUGGUUUGUACAGAUAGAA